AUGGCCUCUUCCAUUGAAAUCGAAGGGUCAUGGACAAAUGUUCGAAGCAGUCAAAAUCUUGGUGACGAGAUUAUUCAAGGCAAAACAAAAAAGAGGAAAACCAUUACACAUGGCUCCUCAAGUAAACAAUGCCCGCAGUCGGUUCUAGUGGUGCAUUCUGUGUCGGAAAUAAUGACAGUAUUACGUACUCUGAAGGAAAAUACUCCCUCACGUCGUGAUUUGAUGGAAUCGCCUCCAACAAUGAUUGAGUCGUCCUUGUACUCGACUGUGUCAGACUAUGAUGACUGA